UUACAUUAUCUAGCAAGCUUUAACAUUCUCACGAGAUGUCUGCAACCGCUCAGACAAUAUGGAGGUUCUUAUGGCGACGCUACCUUUUCCCUGACUCUUCUUUGAUAUUUGCUUCUUAACCGAGAAUGUGAUCGUGACAUUAGCUAAGUGCCCUCUAGUUUAAAGUUUGUCAGUGAAAAAAAUAUUGAGCAUAAAACAAUUGUCAUUGCCACAAAGAAACAUGCGUAGUAAAAUAUGUCAGUGUUGUCCCUGAACUCAGCUGCAGUUUUUCUAUGCAUAAGUGCAUGGAUCACUUCUUCUGACUUAAGUAAGAGAGAAAGGUGAGGCUGGAAUGUGGUCCCAUCCGUCCUAGGGGUCCCCUUCCCCUAUCCACUAUAACGUCGCCCCUCCGAUCGCACCUCCGCCCUCCACUUCCCCGUUGGUUAGCUAGUCACCUCAAACGCCCCACCUUCGUGCCCUCAGGUAAUAGCCCUUUCCUAAGACAUGCACUGAAAAGUAUGAAAGCCUGCGUGGUGAGUCAACCUACAAGCAGAGUAAAAGUGUCCUGCAAAUGUCAUUCUAUGAAAAGAAUAUUUCCCCCUAACAUUUUCAUUGCCUAGUUCUCAUAAUUGGUAUAACCGCUCCCUGCGUACCCGUUACAAAUACCCGACAGCCCGAGUGUGACCACAAGCGAGAGCAGUCUCUACGACCCUCACCUGCUUUUUGCGCUCGUGCCAGUUAACUUUCUGUGAGGACACUACACUUCUUUGGUCACGACGGGGUAUAGCUGGUGUACUUGCAGUUCUUUCAUGAGUAGUGGCAUACAUUUGUAUUGACUGUCAAGCUGUAACGCCUGGCAUUGCCAUCACAUGCUUAUUGACUGUCAAGCUGUAACGCUGGCUUUGCCAUGACACCCGACAUACCAUGCCAUGACUAGGGUUGGUUACGGGAGUAAUUAAGGGAUGGCUACUUUGCUUGUGAAGUUUUUCGGCAGAAGAGCAUUUAUAGCCCUCCUAUUCAUCUCUAGCGUCGCGUGUCUGGUCUUGUACUGGAGCAUGUCUUCUCAAGCUCUUGGUCGGCAGCACUCCAUUGGCUGGAUGAGGUACAAACUGGACUCUUUGGACAUUAACAUCAUCGGCAUCAAGAUCAACUCGUCAGCCCUAACAUCAAACGAAACUGAUGAAGCCGUCAAUAACGAAUCAGCGAAAAGUUGUUGUUCAAAUCAGUCGUUAAUGUUUGGGAUCAACUCAUCAUUACUCGCAUCAUCCUCUCCCAAAACGACUUCAUUAUUGCCUUCAGUUCUGUUGCCCUUACAGUCCACCGUAUUCUCGAGGAAGACUAAAGCAUCAAUCAAUUACAUCACUGCAGUCGACAACUUUUACUACAAACCCGACACUUCUGAUGACCAAGAAUUCACAGAAAAGAGAAGAAAUGCUGCUUCUUUGUCAUCAUCUCUCUGGGAGAUUGGGGAACCAGUUCUUUCAGAGUGCCAGUGUUCUAGGAUUAUCGUACUCCUCCAACAGGACAGCCAUCAUUUUCAGUAGCAGUUUCAAUGGUAUUCUCAAGAAACCGUUGUUAACACCCGAAGAAGAACAGCUGCAUAAAAAUAGAUGCGCCGAGGCGAGGGUCAUUGGCGAGGGGUCGUGCUGUAGAUAUGAGGAACAUAUUGUCCGUGAAACUGUCCAGGGACAGACUGAUAUCAGACUAGGAGGAUAUCUACAGUCAUGGAAAUAUUUUGACAGAUUUAGAGAGCAAAUAAAGAUCGCACUCGCUUUUUCUGAGCAGAUUGUUCGACAAGCGACGGAAAUUGUUCAAAAACUACGAGCAGAGCACAACUUCACUCUGAUUGGCGUGCACGUGCGCAGAGGGGAUUACGCACUAGACUCCAGUAAGAAAUCUGGAUACGUCAUGGCAACGAGGGAAUAUUUCCACAAGUCGAUGACAUUUUUCCAAAAACUUUUCCCUAACGCCAUAUUUGUUGUUGCGUGCGAAACCACUGAAUGGUGCAAGUCAAAUUUAUUGCAGAAUGCGUCUACCACGUAUCUUGAGACGCAUUCAGCUGCUGUGGAUUUGUCAAUUCUUUCACAGCUCGACCAUAUCAUCAUCUCGACAGGCACAUACUCCUGGUGGGCUGGGUAUCUUAAUCCAGGCAUGACAGUAUAUUUUAAAGAUUUUAUUGUUCCAGGAACAUUUAUAGGAAAACAGUUUAAUGAAGACGCAAAGGAUUACCUACUUCCACAAUGGAUUCGUUUUGACCAAAACGUAAGAACUUUCUUGCAAACACGAGUUUGCUCACUGCUUGGGAGUGCCAUCUUAUGAUUUUCUGUAAUUUAUAAAGACACAUCUCCACUAUUCUUUUCUCACGACAUCAAUACGAAGUCCAACCUCGCGCUGGUGUAAACUUCCAAUCGACUAGACAUACACUGAGUCCAGCAAACAACAACUUUUCUUAGGUCUCCUCGAGACGGACUUCCAGUCGCUAGCACGCAGAUUAGGAAAGUGAUGUUUCUCUCGGAGUCCGAGGGUGAGUCGCCUCUUCCUAAACGUGGGAUGUUCCUGGUCAUCCUUUGAUCCUGGACCCAGUCAGGGAAGUUUCGCAGGUACUAAAACUCUUCCACCCCGAUGUUCAGGCCAGCGUGUCCCGUGUCAGUGGUCAGAUUAUAGGCCUCGCCUUGACCAUCCUGUCAGGUCAUCAACCGGAGCGGUGGCAACUUGACCAGUGCACUGUUGGUGGUCUAAACUCUAAACAAACUUUGCUAAAAGUAGAAAAUACGUUUUCUACAGAUGGAACAUUUUGACAUGAGUUAAUCAGAUAGCUGUAUAGAAAUAAUUCGACGCAGCUCUUUACAGUAUGACAGGACAUUCUGGACAGCCAAAACACUAUUUUAUGGAAUACACUAUGGGAUUUUUUUUCUUCUACUCUGUAGAGAAGAGUAUAUAUAUAGUCCUAAACUUCACAUCAGACAGGCAGGACUUUCCAAGUGAUCCCGCAUGGUGUAAGCGAACGAGUGAGAGAAACAGUGGAUGAGUGAACGAUGGACAACUGAACAAGAAAACAAAUGGUGGACGGUCUGUAUGCGAAUACUAUGUACAACAGCUCGUGUGAAGACGGUAAUGAAAAAUCACUGUUUUAUAGGAAGACUUUCAGAGCAGAUGGAGUUUAUGUGAAGAAUGGGUCAAUGAUGUUUAUGCAAAUCGGGUUACAUAACUACAAUGGAAACCUUUAAUAAUAAGAAAUAAUCGAAAAUACACCCUUUUUUCUAACCUACCGCUCACCAAUAUUUCAUACAGUUGAGAUGAUUACCAAUCUGUCAGCCUAAAUAUCGCCAGUUUAAAAGGCCAUAACGUAUGGAGAUGUUGUCUAUAGGUGCAUCGUCAUCAACAAGCUCU